UCCAUCGCUUGUGUCCGGGCUGCUGAGAACAUGGCUUCCAAAUGCCUCAAGGCCAGCUUCUCUUCGGGGUCUCUCAAGGUCCCAGGAGGGGCCGGUGGGGGCUCCGCUCGCAUGUCCACCAUGUACUCCAGCAGCUCUUGCAGGCUCCCGAGCCUCUCCCGGGGGGCCCGGAGCUUCUCUGCCUGCUCAGUUGGGCUGGGCAAGAGCAGCUGCAGGGCCGCUAGCUGCCUCCCUGCUCUCUGCCUCCCCUCCGGAGGCUUUGCCACCAGCCUCAGCAUGGGCGGGGGCUGGUUUGGGGAGGGCAUCCUCACCGGCAACGAGAAGGAGACCAUGCAGUCCCUGAACGACCGCCUGGCCAGCUACCUGGAGAAGGUGCGCCAGCUGGAGCAGGAGAACGCCAGCCUGGAGAGCCGCAUCCGCGAGUGGUGUGAGCAGCAGGUGCCUUUCCUGUGCCCUGACUACCAGUCCUACUUCCGGACCAUCGAGGAGCUCCAGAAGAAGACCCUGUGCACCAAGGCAGAGAACGCCAAGCUGGUGGUGCAGAUCGACAAUGCCAAGCUGGCUGCAGAUGACUUCAGGACCAAGUAUGAGACGGAGGUGUCCAUGAGGCAGCUGGUGGAGUCAGACAUGAACGGCCUGCGUAGGAUCCUGGAUGAUCUGACCCUGUGCAAGGCUGACCUGGAGGCCCAGGUGGAGUCCCUGCAGGAGGAGCUGCUCUGUCUCAAGAAGAACCACGAGGAGGAAGUGAACUCACUGCGCUGCCAGCUGGGUGACCGGCUCAACGUCGAGGUGGAUGCUGCUCCACCUGUUGACCUGAACCGUGUUCUGGAUGAGAUGAGGUGUCAGUAUGAGACCCUGGUGGAGAAUAACCGCCGGGAUGCUGAAGAUUGGUUCGACACCCAGACGGAGGAGCUGAACAGGCAGGUGGUGUCCAGCUCGGAGCAGCUGCAGUCCUGCCAGGCAGAGAUCAUCGAGCUGAGACGCACGGUCAACGCCCUGGAGAUCGAGCUGCAGGCCCAGCACAGCACGAGAGAUGCUUUGGAAUCCACCCUGGCGGAGACGGAGGCGCGCUACAGCUCCCAGCUGGCCCAGAUGCAGGGCCUGAUCAGCAACGUGGAAGAGCAGCUGGCCGAGAUCCGGGCGGACCUGGAGCGGCAGAACCAGGAGUACCAGGUGCUGCUGGACGUCAAGGCCCGGCUGGAGUGUGAGAUCAACACGUACCGGGGCCUGCUGGAGAGCGAGGACUGCAAGCUUCCCUGUAACCCGUGCACCCCUGACCACUCGCCCUCCAAGUCCUGCCUCCCCUGUCUUCCUGCGGCCUCCUGUGGGCCUGGAGCAGCCCGCCCAACCUGCAGCCCCCGGCCCAUCUGUGUGCCCUGCCCGGGGGGCCGGUUCUAAGAGUGACUGGCCCAGAAAGCCAAGGCCAUGGUCUCCAGGGCUUGGCCUUGGCCUCUAUUCAGCCCUAAGCCUAAAGCCCAGUCGCCUCUCUCCAUGUGGAGCCCAGGGCCUGGCCCUGAGAGCGCUCACGGCAAUUCACGCCUUAGAGUUUCUCAAUGCCUGUCAUGAGGCUGGCCGCAGCUGGAGGCCGCAACUCUUAUCAUUUCAAAGGGUGCCGGGUGUCUGUUCUCAGGCUGCCUCCUGGGUCAGCUUUUCCUUCUGGGUGCCAUUUCAGUGGGUUCUGAAGUGCAACUGAGGGCUUCUAUUGGCAGAACAAUAAAGCUCACGUGCUCUGGAAGCCCAACUA